GAUCUACCAUUAAUUAUGGUUACAGUCUGGCCGAGUCAGGAAGGGAUUCGAAUUCCGAUCGGGCACGUCAGGGAAAAUAAGUAGAUGCUCUCUCUCCUACAUAGUGAAUCGCAGACGCAAGCCCAAAAUCAGCGACAUGAUGCCCUCUCACCACGACGAUGACUGCAGCAGCAGCCUCGGUCCGCCCUCCCCCGCCGCCGCCAUGGAUUUGCCUGACGAGGAGGCUUGUUCUUGGGACACCGACCACGUGGUGGCCUGGAGAGACGCCGACUUGCCCAACACCGUUUUUGUUAGGACCGACCGCUCUGGAGCCUUCCACGCCUACCCUGCUCUCGGCGGGCCGUUUCACAGCCUCCACCAAGUUCAAACCGCCGUCGACCUCCAUGCUCGCGGCACCGCCAGGGCCCAGCUGGAGCGGAGGAGCGCGCUGGACAAACUCUCACGCAAGGAACGCGCUAUCCGCGAGUUCCUCUACUACCCAGAUGGCAAGACGAGGGUUCGCACGAUGAGGCUCGUCGCCGACUUGGACCGCGACAAGAUGCGAAGGCUGGCCGAGGCUUUGCUCGACAAGCACAACGACGCCGAGGGCCAUGCUUACGAGCUCCAAGACGUCGUGCAUUGGCAGUCGAUCUGCGAAGGCAAAGCUAAGUGGUACUACCAUCUCAACAUCACAGUGAGGACUAAACCAGCAGCUGAUCCUGAGACGGGCAGCGGCGAUCUGUUCUUCGCCGAAGUCUCGCGUGUCCCUGGAGAUGUCCUAGGAUACUUCCUCAGCUGCUUCUAUAGGGUUCAACCUGACGGCGAUGAUAACGAAGUCCGUUGCCAUGGUUGUGAAAACAAUGGAAGCGUCGAUAUGAAGCACCCACACGCUGAUUUGUACACCGGCGGUCACCGGAACAUACGUUUCCCGCGUGGAUUUGGUCCUCGCAACGAGAUGCAAUUGCACGGCUCCAAGAGCGAUCCAACAGAGGAGGCGGACAUGAUAAAAGCCGAGGAGGAUAGGAUAAGAGCUACCUUCGAUUACCUUGACGAUGAGGAGUAUCUGGAAAAUUUAAGCUGCAAACGUCGUUCGAUUAGGUAACUUCCAAGCAUCAUAUGACAUCAACAUUCAGGUUCGAGUCCCGGUCUCCUUCAGUUUCUUGCCAGUUAUGUUUCCCUCUAGUUUAUUGUACGUGAAGUUUUUUAGAUGUUUAGUGUAAAAAUAGUUGAAAGCUGGAAGGUACCUAACCCAGUGUUUUCGAGUCAUGAGGCUGAUUUCAGGUGAUCUGUUUGUGAGAAAAAUUGAUGAUUGUUCGUGACUAAAUCUGUUUGGUACCUAUAUUUCGUGUUAAAAACUUUUUUCAAAAAGGAGGGAAAAAACCAUACCAUAGGUAUUGGUUGGUGCACGAAGUUUCAUUUUGCUAUGUUUGUUUGUGCCAUGUCCAUGAUUAAUCUUGUUUUUGCAUGUUUCUGUCAAAGAUGAUUCCAUACAAUCGUGUAAAUAUUAGAGUUGUGUGUUCCUUACCAGUUGUUUCAUUGCUACCAUUUUAUAGGAGGAUGAAGAAUUGACCAAUGAAGACUAGAUAGUCAAGAGUGAAGAGUGAAGAGUGAAGAUGU